AUGACCAAGCGCCCAAUGAAGGGAAUGCUUACUGUAUUGGCCCUGUUACCAUUCUCAACUGGUCCUUUGUUCGAAAUGACCAGCCAAGAUUGCUUGGCUAUCAAGGACGAAGUAGAGGAUCUUGAGAAAGGUGGCAUCAAUGUCAUCCAAAUCAAUGAGCCAGCUUUGAGAGAGGGCUUGCCUCUCAGAAAGGCUGAGCAUGCUUUCUACUUGAACUGGGCUGUCCGCUCCUUCAGAAUCACCAACGUCGGUGUUCAAGACACUACCCAGAUCCACACCCACAUCUGCUACUCCAACUUCAACGAUAUUAUCCAUUCCAUCAUUGACAUGGAUGCCGAUGUGAUCACCAUUGAGAACUCACGAUCUGAUGAGAAACUCCUGUCAGUCUUCUGUGAGGGAGUGAAGUAUGGUGCCGGUAUUGGCCCUGCCAACAUUUUGUGGGUCAACCCCGACUGUGCCCUUAAGACUCACAAAUACGCUGAAGUUAAACCAGCUCUCCAAAACAUGGUUGUUGCUGCCAAGCUCCUCCACACCCAGCUUGCCAGUGCCAAGUGA